CGCCGGCCAGCCGAGAGAGUGAGCGAGCGCCCGGGACAGAGGAGCGAGCGGGCGAGGCGCGGGCGAGGCUGGGACCCAAGCGCGCUCUCUGCUCCGCCAAGUGCCAACUUCGCGCCGACUGGCUGGGCGCGCACCUUUCUGCCGGGCGAUCAGCGGGAAUUUGAGAUUUUAGGGCUGCGCUCUGUCCCCUUCCCCUGAGUUCAAAAUCCCUAUUAAAAAGCAAAACAACAGUUACAGCAAACUUGCUCUCAUCCCGCCGGCCCCCUCAACUCCGGCACCAUGAAGGCGGCCGUCGAUCUCAAGCCGACUCUCACCAUCAUCAAGACAGAAAAAGUGGAUUUGGAGCUUUUCCCAUCCCCGGAUAUGGAAUGCGCAGAUGUCCCACUGUUAACUCCGAGCAGCAAAGAAAUGAUGUCCCAGGCACUGAAAGCUACCUUCAGUGGUUUCACAAAAGAGCAGCAGCGACUGGGAAUCCCCAAAGACCCCCGGCAGUGGACAGAAACCCAUGUCCGGGAUUGGGUGAUGUGGGCUGUGAAUGAGUUCAGCCUGAAGGGUGUGGACUUCCAGAAGUUCUGUAUGAAUGGAGCAGCACUGUGUGCCCUGGGUAAAGAAUGCUUCCUCGAGCUGGCUCCAGACUUUGUGGGGGAUAUCCUGUGGGAGCAUCUAGAGAUCCUGCAGAAAGAGGAUGUGAAACCGUAUCAGGUUAAUGGAGUCAACCCUACCUACCCAGAAUCCCGUUACACCUCGGAUUACUUCAUUAGCUAUGGUAUCGAGCAUGCUCAGUGUGUCCCUCCCUCAGAGUUCUCAGAGCCCAGCUUCAUCACAGAGUCCUAUCAGACGCUGCAUCCCAUCAGCUCGGAAGAACUCCUGUCCCUCAAGUAUGAGAACGACUACCCUUCCGUCAUUCUCCGGGACCCUCUCCAGACAGACACCUUGCAGACAGACUACUUUGCCAUCAAGCAAGAAGUGUUAACUCCAGACAACAUGUGCAUGGGGAGAGCCAGUCGUGGUAAACUCGGGGGCCAGGACUCUUUUGAGAGCAUAGAGAGCUACGAUAGUUGUGACCGUCUCACCCAGUCCUGGAGCAGCCAGUCAUCUUUCAACAGCCUGCAGCGUGUCCCCUCCUAUGACAGCUUCGACUCCGAGGACUAUCCCGCUGCCCUGCCCAACCACAAGCCCAAGGGCACCUUCAAGGACUAUGUGCGUGACCGUGCUGACCUCAACAAGGACAAGCCUGUCAUUCCUGCUGCUGCCCUGGCUGGCUACACAGGAAGUGGGCCGAUCCAGCUGUGGCAGUUUCUUCUGGAAUUACUCACUGAUAAGUCUUGUCAGUCUUUUAUCAGCUGGACAGGAGACGGCUGGGAAUUCAAGCUUUCCGACCCAGAUGAGGUGGCCAGGAGAUGGGGAAAGAGGAAAAACAAGCCUAAGAUGAAUUAUGAGAAACUGAGCCGCGGCCUUCGCUACUAUUACGACAAAAAUAUCAUCCACAAGACGGCGGGCAAGCGCUACGUGUACCGCUUUGUCUGCGACCUACAGAGCCUGCUGGGAUACACCCCAGAGGAGCUGCAUGCCAUGCUGGAUGUGAAGCCGGAUGCUGAUGAGUAACGGACACGGAAGGGGCUGGGGGGGACCCCGCUGAGACCUUUCAAAGAACAACCCGUGUUGGUUGGACUCUUAAUUUUUAAUUGUUAUUCUAUGUUUUAUUUUCCAGAACUCAUUUUUCACAUUCAGGGGUGGGAGCUAAGGGAGUUGCAGCCACAUUCCAUUGGCCAUUGGCAAGGCCGGAAAGGGAAAGUCAGGACCUGUGGGGUGGGUGGGGCAAGAAGUUCCUGAGGAGAUUUUUCAGGAGCGAGAGGGUCUUCUCAGAAGCCGAGCGGACUUGACUUACAGAGGAAAAGGUUUAUGUGUCCAGUAUUCUGUUUGCAAUCAAAGGAAAGAGUUCAUCUUGAGUUGUGGAUCGACUAGCAGGAGGAAUUGUCACGUUAAGAUGAAAGUCAGUCAGCGUUGGUGGGUGGGAGGAAAACAGUUUCUUCAGGGGAUGACUAAACGCAAGAAUUUAUUAACCUUUCUACUUUUUUUGAAACAAAGAUGGACUUUAAUGGAAGGGAUCCAAAACUGUUUUUAUUGUUGAAGUUUAUUUUAUUAAAUUCUGUGCCAGUAUUUUUUUUCUUAAAAAAAAUCGUCUUAAGCUCUAAGGUGGUCUCAGUAUUGCAGUAUUGUGAGUUCGUUGUAAUUUGCUGGCUGAGGAGUCUCCCACAAUGAAAGGCAGCUGUUUAUAUAGACCCCAUGGAAAAAUCCAAGUCUGUACUGAGAACAGAGACCCCCGAACUCUUACAGCUAAAGGACGUGAAUGCUGAUUUGGGGACCAGGGAACUGUGUGAAUUCCACCUGCGGUUUGUAAAACAACAUUUCCAGUCCUUUUACUUACUGUCAGGCUGUGGGCUUAGUGUUAGUUAAGGGGCAUUAAGUCUUUGCACUGAAUGUAUUUUUGCAGCUCUGCUUUGGAACUGUUGUCAGCAUAGGUGCACUGUUUAAGUCUUGGAAAAGAAAUCGAAGGAGGAAGUUGAACCUGGUUUUUGGUUAAAUCGCUACCCGAAACAUAGAAGACUCAAACUAAAUGCUGUUUGCAUGGGCAUUACCCCUCGGAUCUUAAGGCCUAAAUGCAUGCCGUUCCAAACUAACAUUGUACAAUUUCUCCUCUAUGGCUUAUUUCCCCAGUUCACCACAUUGCUGCCCCUCCCCACCUUACUAAUCAGUAGAGUGGAAUGUAAUGUUUCCUGAUAGGUGAAUGAAAGUGUAAUUUCAGACAUCACAGCACAAAUCAAAGAGUACAGACUUUCUAGGGUUCAGAGAGCAUGGAAACGAGGAGGCUAUUUCAGGAGCAUGGGACAUGGCCUCCUUUGGGAAGAGGCUUUCCUUUGAAGAAUUGGAGCUCGUCAGGUAGGAUUUCAGGUGAGGCUGUUUGCAGAUGAAGUGGUAGAGAGCACUGGGACUUCGAGCUUGACCUGUUGCUACCUCGGCAGAGGUUAAGCGAAAGUCAGCUGCGGAUGAGAGGAAAACUUGAUGGAGGGAAUACAACGGCAGGAGCUAAGUACGGAGAAUAAGGUGGCCCGUGACAGUGAGGUAUAGUUUUACUUUCCUCAAAGUUUAAAUUCAAAGACUUAAUCGAGGCAGCCAUCUUCCUGCCAGUUGAGAGAGGAGACUGGAAAGUAAGGCAUUGUGGGUAAAAACAAAGUAAGGAAACAUGCCUGGUAUCAUUAGAAUCCCUCCCACUGUUUACCACGCCUAGUUGAGACAGCGACAGUGGACUUCCAUGAGAGAAAAGAGGCAGUUGGUUGAGGUGGACCUCUCCAGGCUCACCCUUCGGGGAUUGUAACUACCUGGUAUCAUCUUCAUGAGAGUUGAUGGCUGACUCCCAGAUUCCCUUGAAGACUCUGAAUUCCUGCGAACAUAACUUGUCCAUGGGUGUUCUGUACUGACCGAUUGGAGCAUCCCCACCGGGAAGCAAAGGCAAAACAUCCCAGCUCUAUGUUUUGAUCUUAACAAAUGCAGGUGCCUUAAUGAAGCUCUCAAAGUAUUUAGGAGCUGCUCAGGGAGUGUUAGGUGGGAUCAUUUGGAUUAUGUUGUUUUUCUCUUAUAUUAUGUGAUCUUUGUUGGGCACUGGCAGUGUGUGUGUGUGUGUGUGUGUGUGUGUGUGUGUGUGUGUGUGUGUGUGUGUGUGUGUACAUUUGUAUAAGCCUGCAGCUGAAAUAGUACUGACUUUUCUACUUAAGUCUGUCCACAUUUCCAUAACGGCGAAAGAGUACAUACAGCCAGGGCUGAUGUCAUUUCUCGCUCUUUGCAACAGGGCUUAAAUAAAAAAAAAAUCACUUCCCCAAGUCGUCGUCCUUGCCCCUAUUCAGUUCAUGCUGAAAACGCCCCUCUCGAGAGCCUACCGCCUGCAGCCAGUAGCAGAUAAGACGUAAGAAAGUGCCUCCCACACGGCUCAGCUUGCUGACUUGCUUCUCCCCAGGUCCACCACUUUCAGGAUUUGUAGAUAGGAUAUUAGUCAGCUUGGUGGUCCAUCUGGCCAGACGCUCUUUCCCAUGCUGUCCAAAGGCCAGAGACCAUCCCAGGAAGAGUGGCGGGUGGUUUAUACACUGGAAAUGUAGCGGCAUUGCUGCAUUGAUGCUCUACAAAAACACGUUCACUUCAGAGGAAGGAUGAGCACAUCUGAUCCAGCUGGGUGGCUCCAUUGUUUUCCCAGAGAGAUGCUUUAACCUGUGCGGUUGGCUUUUGGCUCAGAGCCUCAGGGGAAUAAGGAUGCUCCCUGCAUAGAGCUCUGACCGUUGCGGCCAUGGAAACCAGUGGAAGCACUCUAGAUCAGAGACACUCUUCCUCACUUUGGAGAUCAACACUCUGGGUUUUAAAGCAUUAACCUUCAUGGUGAAAUCACACCUUCUCUCUUCUAGCCAUGCUGUGCAUGCCGCUUUCUCUGUCGGGGGGUCUCUAUAAAUUUGUUGAACUCUUACGUACAUUCCAAAGAAGUUUCAAGGAACCACAAGUAUAUGUAUACAAAUACAUAUAUGAAGUAUAUAUGUUAAAAUGAAAUUAUCUCUAUCAGGAAUACUGCCUCAGUUAAUUGAAUUUUUUUUAAGGAUACUUUUUUUUAAGCGGAGAAUUAUUGGGGUGUAAAAGAUGUUAUAUUGUGUUUGACUAUUUUCCAGCUUGUAUUUUCACAUAAUUUAUAUUUUUUAAAUGCUGAAAAUUUAAAAGCGAGAUUUAAAAAGGAAAAGCAGGUGCUUUUUUUUUAAAAAAAAGAAUCAGAACUGAGGUAGCUUAGAGAUGUAGCCAUGUAAGUGUCUUAAAUGUUUUGUUUUUAAAAAAAAAACAAAUGCAAAAAAAUUCUUAUGGGGGAGUUUUUUGUUUGUUUCUUUUAGUAGCUGAUGCUGGCACAUCAUUUUGCUGGAAAGUUUUUUAUAUACUGUAGCCUGAUUUCAUAUUGUAUUUUAAACUGUGUGAAAUUAAAGAGACAAAGAAAUUCAUUCAUAA